AUGCAGACCCCACAGACUCCUUCGAGCGCUACAGCAGGUGGUUCUCCAAGUUCAAGUGCCCCACAACAGUCAGCAACCCAGUUUAGAGUUGCAAGAAUUCAUGAGUGUGACACUGAGUUUCAUCAAGCUUCAGAUGAUGAGCAGCAAGACACUUUGACUGUUAGGGCAGUGAGGGCUGAUGUUGAGGCAAACGUUGAAAUGCAACCUGCAGCGCCCUUAGCCCCAGAAGACGCAGAAAUUGUUGGAGUUGACAUUGAUGCACAAAGAGCAGAUGUAGGAGGUGCAGAAGUUCAAGGCAAUCUUGUUUUAUCUCCUGAAAGGGGUGAUCACUUGAAUGUCAAUGGAGUUGAAAUUUACAAGGAUACUGCACUGGCAACAAUGCGUGAGGCUUGCUCAUUCUUUCAGCUGUCAACUUCUGGUGGAAAGAAGCGUUGUUUUGAGAGGCUAUGGGAAUUCCAAAAGCGUCUUGAAUUGCAGACAGCGUUGAUUGCAGCAAAGGAAGCAGAGGCAGCACAGCAGAGACUUCCUCGACCUCAGCAUUUGGCAGAUCCUCCAUCUGAGGAGGCUCAGGAGGAGCAACGUGAAGAAAAGGAACAGCAGGCAAUGGGCAAAGAGGACCAGGGUCAAGAACCUUUGAGACCCGUUGGAGACACAGCUCAGACACCAACGGCAGCUGGAGGAAAAGAUGAUGGAGUUCACAUCCCAGUUUCAGCUGGGAAUCCUAGCGUGUUUGGUGAGGAAGAUGGAGUGGACAUGAGCUUCCUCAAAGAGAUGGAGGGCCUUGGGCCUACUCUUGGAGUGGAGGCAGUUUCCAUGGAUGGUUUGGAGAUGUGCCCCAAUGAAAGUUUCGAAGCGGUUGAGCGCCAUGACAGUUGGGUGUGGAUGGCAAUUUUUACUUUGCUGGUUGUUUGGUGUUUCUUUACAUGGAAGCUUUGGUGCGUUUGGAAGAAACUGACUUGCAAAGUAGAAGAACUUGAAAAGCGUUUGUGGGAGGUCAAGAGUGACAUGUACCAUUGCUGGAGCCAAGUUGCUGAUGAAGACCAGUACAUCAGCACCCAAGAGAAGAGAAUCGACACCCUUCACAACCAAGUGAUGAUGCUGGAAGGAAAAUUGACUGAAGCCGAGCAAGUGGCUUCAAUGGAUCAUGAUUACCUUCGUGGCCUUCAUUUUGGAUUGGUGGAAAUAGGAGGGUUUGUACGAUUUCCCAUGGGCAUUGAGGCAGAACAUGCGUUAGCAAUGGAUGCACAGGAGAAGUCAAACCUCUUGGCCCACAACACCAUGGGAGCUUAUCAAUACUUGAGCUUGAUUCACCAAAGGACGCAUGCAGAAGCAGGACAAGAAACCGACAGAGUCUUGAGAGAGGAAAACACAGAAGAGUUUGAAACACCAGGGCAGACAUGA